UCAUUUUGUUUACAUUCUGUACAGUAGUCUCAGUGGCUAAAUCUGCAACAGUCAUGCAGGGCAUUUAAUAUUUUCCAGCGCGUAGUCGUUGCUGUCACGGUUCGUCAUGUUGUCCCAUUCUCUAGCUGCCCAUCUGAUUCUGUUGGCGUCUUUAUUUUGGCUACAUCUGACGUCCGCUGAAAAGGUAGCCUUGGUGGAAAUCUCUCUGCAGGGGCGCCAGGAUAUCAGCAACACUUUGCGAGGCGAAGUGAUCGAGGGCAGUUUGGACAACAAGAGCCCGGAUAGAAAGGAAAACGACAACCUUAAAGGAGACUUGCGACUGCUGCAUGAAGAUGACAGUCUUAAUGCCGACGACAGCGAGCCCAGGUUAGACACUAAAGGGAAGAACCCUUGGAUUGGACUCGUUCCAGUGGAAGUGGAAGAUGGCAAAAGCACUGCUGGUAGUCAAGAAUCCUUCGCUGCUGGCAUGGUCAAUAAGAUGAAGCGCGCUCUUGUUCUGGGAGCAUCUGCACUGAUCAUCUUAGCUCUCAACCAAAACACUGUCAGAGAGAUGGAUCUCUCUCAGGUCCUGUCCAAACCCAUCAUUGUCAUCCAGACAUCGGAAAAUGUCACAAAACUCAUCGGUGCACUCUUGAGGGGCCUUCACGCAACAGCAAAGAUCACAUACAAGACGUUCCUAAAGGACAAUUUGGGGGCCACCUUGACCCUGUGGUCCAGCUGUGGGCGCUCUCGAGGUGGGCUAUACGGGGAGUGGCAGGGGGUCAUCUGCACUGGAGAGACAGACUCCCAGGUCCAGAAGUACCUGCAGCAGCUGUGGAACACGGUGGUUCUGGUGGCCAUCAUCCUGUCCACUGGGGUCCUAGUGCAGGCUCGAUGGCAGUACCAGGACAACCAGUUCAGGGAGGACUUGGAGUUGCAUCCAAAACAGGACCUUCAGAAGAGGCUAUCUUCGCUGAAGACGAGGACUUUUUCACAGCCGAAGACAUGGGGUGACCCCUCGCAGCCCGUAGAGACGGACAACUGCGCAGUCUGUCUGGAACAGUACAACAACAACCAGUGUUUGAGAGUGUUGCCGUGCCGACAUGAGUUCCACAGAGACUGCGUGGACCCCUGGUUGCUGCUCCAGCAGACCUGCCCCCUAUGCAAACGCAGCGUACUUGGUAAUUUUUGUUGACAGCAGGCGCGACGUGUUGGAUGUUACCAAGGCGAGUGAGAGCGAUGUGCAUGGGCCGCCAUCUUGGAACCCAGCUGAGCAUACCUCAAUGUCUUCCCCAGUACUGUACAUCCAGGAGACUCCUCCGUUAAGACAAAACAAAGCUCCGGCAGGCACACUGUCCACAUUUACAGCAUUAAAUAGCAACGUUUCGGUCAAGAAGAAGGUCAAUAGACCGAAAUGUCGCUAUUAAACGCUACAAAGGUGGACAGUGUGCGGGCGCUCCCUCAUCUCUAACGUUGGUGACCCUGGUGUUCCCCUCCAAAGGAGGUGUGCAAGAAUACUCCACAGGAGACUACCCCAUGGUGGGGGCCCACCUCUGCUGACCGCACAAACAAGUAUUGCUCACACUCCAGACAGACAGACUGAGACCCGUCUGGGGGAGGAACAACUGCCUAUAUCACAGGAAGAGGAAACAAUAGUAUUUCUGUAUCGAUGGCCUUGAACAGUAUUAUUCUGACAGUAGCGUUUAGCUAGAGGAGUAGAGUCUGUUACACUUAGGUUUUAGUAGUUUAUUUUUCUUUUUUUCCGUUCUUGGUUCUGAUGGUUGUUUUUUGACGAACAAUCUUUGCUGGGCCAAGCUAUUUAAACCUGUUCACUCACACCACUUAAAAAGUUGAAAGGACAAAAGUACUGGAUGAAAGUUCUCUGCAAAUAUACGUUGGCGGUGCGUCAAAGUUACAUACAUAGAUUGCUGUCAGACAACUCUUGAACUGUGCAACAUGAUCUACUUUUAUUUUGUUAUUUUUUUAAUUAUUAUUAUUCAAUGCUGAGUUAACAAAUGCACUGUUUAAACCAUAAGAGGAGGCUUCUUCUCAGGCAAGACUGGAGAAAUGAGUCCCUAAAACUAGAAGAACAUACGUGAUGGAAAACAUCUGUAGGUAUAAAUUGCUUACACAACAUUUCAUCAUGUAUGAAACCAAGGGAACCUUGAAAAUAAGGCCACCAUAUUCAAAGAAAGAUAUUGGAUGCACAGAGAUAUUUCACUUAACCAACUUGCCCCUAAAUUACCUGUAGAAUUUGUUCCAGACAUUUCGAUGCCUGUUUCCAUUUCAAUUAUGUUGCAUCAUGACAUUUUCAGAUGGACUUCUCCAACAUGUUGAGUCAAAACAUUUCAAAAUUGCUGUUAGCAAUUAAGUUACAAGUAAACGGCGAAUUACACUCGAUGCGGCUUAUACAGAUCUGUGUUUGUGACAAUUGUGACAACAAAAGAGGUGCAUUAUUUAUUUGUGUUCUCCUAUUAUUUUCCUCCUUAUAUAUUAUGUUUUUCCUAUGCUUUGGGAAAGCAAAUGUAAAACAUUAAAAAAAAAAAAAAAAACAGAAAGCAUGUUGUUGAACAAGGAUCUGCAUGAUGGCACUCUAGCUUCCUCCUGAAACAUGUGGGCAUGCAAGCCAAAUUACUUUCUGCAGUCCUUUCCUAGUUGCCCUGUCCUCUUUCCUAUGAUAAGUGUGUGGCCCCACCUCUGUGGAGAUAACAGUAACAGUGAGUGUUUGUCCACUGUCAGCCAGCCGAGAACAAUUGGGGAGUUUCCCCCAUUUAACAUCUCAAUUGCAAAUGAGGUAAUGACCUUUGAAUUGUAUUUUGCAAGAUCCCACAUCAAAUCUUGUAUCAUCAAUGACA